AUGCUCAUGGCACAAAUGGCUCCAGAGGUCAUGAUUGCUCCCUCGCACAAAAAGGAUCCGGCACUCAAGCGCACCACGGCUCCUGGCAAGACCCCUCUUGGGCUCAUGCGGGGCAGCGAGACAUCCCCAGUGGCCAAUAUAAUCCUGGUGCUAGUUUUACCAACCACUCAAGACAGCAGAUGA